CAUCCAAUCAGAGGCACUGGGGCGUGGCCCUGCCCACUGUUCAUCCAGACAGGGAGAGGGUCGCAUUCCUGCCCUCACGUUUGUGGCUGAGCGGGCCGCGGUUCGGAUCCGGUGUUUCCAGCCCCGAGAGGGACCUGGUGCCUCUACCCAGGAUUUUGUCGCUCUGUCACCUGCGCUAUGCCCUGCUGUAGUCACAGGAGGUGUAGAGAGGACCCCGGGACAUCUGAAAGCCAGGAAAUGGUGCGUGUCUGGGGCUGGGUGUCCCGGGACACCAGGCGUCCUGUCCCGUCCCUGCGCGGCGACUGCGGCCCCAGAGCCCUCUCUGGGCAGCUCCGCGCCCGCGGCCACGCGUCUACCCAGAUUGUGCGGAAGCCGCGGGAGGGUCAUGGGGGGGAUCCCGACUCGGGUGUGGGGUUCGUGCGUAGGAGGAGCAGCGUGAGUAGCCAAAACCCCAGGAGAAACUUCAGGAGUCUCAUAGAAGAGAAAGUCAAUGAAAUUAAAGAAGAUAGUCAUUGUGGAGAAACUUUUACCCAGGUUCCAGAUGACAGGCUGAACUUCCAGGAGAAGCAAACUUCUCCUGAAGUAAAAUCAUGUGACAGCUUUGUGUGUGGUGAAGUUGGCAUAGGUAACUCAUCUUUUAAUAUGAGCAUCAGAGGUGACAUUGGACACAAGGCAUAUGAGUAUCAGGAAUAUGGACCGAAGCCAUGUAAGUGUCAACAACUUAAAAAAGCCUUCAGAUAUCACCCCUCCUUUAGAGCACAAGAAAGGGAUCACACUGGAGAGAAACCCUAUGUUUGUAAAGAAUGUGGAAAAACCUUUGUUUCCCAUUCAAGCAUUCAAAGACACAUGGUAAUACACAAAGGAGAUGGACCUUAUAAAUGUAAAUUUUGUGGGAAAGCCUUCCAUUGUCUCAGUUUAUAUCUUAUCCAUGAAAGAACUCACACUGGAGAGAAACCAUAUGAAUGUAAACAAUGUGGUAAAUCCUUCAGUUAUUCUGCUGCCCUUCAAAUACAUAAAAGAACUCACACUGGAGAAAAGCCUUAUGAAUGUCAGGAAUGUGGGAAAGCAUUUCAUAGUCCCAGAUGCUGUCGUAGACAUGAAAUGAUUCACAUGGGAGAGAAGUCUUAUCAAUGUAAGGAAUGUGGGAAAGCAUUCACGUGUCCCCAUUAUGUUCGUAGACAUGAAAGGACCCACUCUGGGAAAAAACCCUAUGAAUGUAAGCAGUGUGGGAAAGCAUUAUCCUCUCUUACUAGUUUUCAAACACACGUAAGAAUGCACUCUGGAGAAAGACCUUAUGAAUGUAAGAUAUGUGGGAAAGGCUUUUGUUCUGCAAAUUCAUUUCAAAGACAUGAAAAAACUCACAGUGGAGAGAAACCCUAUAAAUGCAGGCAAUGCGGUAAAGCCUUCAUUCAUUCCAGUUCCCUUCGAUAUCAUGAAAGGACUCACACUGGAGAGAAACCCUAUGAAUGUAAGCAAUGUGGGAAAUCCUUCAGAUCUGCCUCACACCUUCGAUUGCAUGGUAGGACUCACACUGGAGAGAAACCCUAUGAAUGUAAGGAAUGUGGGAAAGCCUUCAGAUCUAUGAAGAACCUUCAAAGUCAUGAAAGGACACAAACACACAUAAGAAUACACUCUGGAGAAAGACCUUAUAAAUGUAAGAUAUGUGGGAAAGGCUUUUAUUGUCCCAAAUCAUUUCAAAGACAUGAAAAAACUCACACUGGAGAGAAACUCUAUGAAUGCAAGCAUGUGGUGAAGCCUUCAGUAGUUCUAGUUCCUUUCGAUAUCAUGAAAGGACUCACACUGGAGAGAAACCCUACAAAUGCAAGCAAUGUGGGAAAGCCUUCAGAGCUGCCUCAGUCCUUCGAAUGCAUGGUAGGACUCAUCCUGAAGAUAAAUCCUAUGAGUGUAACCAGUGAGGGAAAGCCUUCAGAUCUGCCUCACACUUUUGAGUGUGUGGUAGGAGACACAAUGGAGAGAAACCCUAUGAAUGUAAGGAAUGUGGGAUACCCUUCAGAUCUGCCAAGAACCUUCGAAUUCCUGAAAGGACACAAGCAUACAUAAGAAUGCAUACUGGAUAGCUGAACAAAAGGCAGCAGAAACUUCUGCAGACUUAAACAUCCCUGUCUGACAGCUUUGAAGAGAGUAGUGGUCCUCCCAGCAGAGUUUGAGAUCUGAGAACAGACAGUCUGCUUCCUCCAGUGGGUCCCAGAGCCCUGAGUAGCCUAACUGGGAAGCACCUCCCAGUAGGGGCCAACUGACACCUCAUACGGCUGGGUGCCCCUUUGUGACAAAGCUUCCAGAGGAAGGAUCAGGGAGCAACAUUCGCUGCUCUGCAAUAUUUGCUGUUCUGCAACCUCUGCUGGUGAUACCCAGGCAAACAGGGUCUGGAGUGGACCUCCAGCAAACUCCAACAGACCUCAGCUGAGGGUCCUGACUGUUAAAAGGAAAACUAACAGAAAGGACAUCCACACCAAAACCCAUCUGUACAUCACCAUUGUCAAAGACCAAAGGUAGAUAAAACCACAAAGAUGGGGAGAAACCAGAGUAGAAAAGCUGAAAAUUCUAAACAUCAGAGCACCUCUUCUUCUCCAAAGGAACGCAGCUCCUCACCAGCAAUGGAACAAAGCUGGAUGGAGAAUAACUUUGACGAGUUGAGAGAAGAAGGCUUCAGACGAUCGGUAAUAACAAACUUCUCCAAGCUAAAGGAGGAUGUUCGAACCCAUUGCAAAGAAGCUAAAAAUCUUGAAAAAAGAUUAGAUGAAUGGCUAACUAGAAUAAACAGCAUAGAGAGGACUUUAAAUGACCUGAUGGAGCUGAAAACCAUGGCACGAGAACUACGUGAUACAUGCACAAGCUUCGGUAGCCAAUUCGAUCAAGUGGAAGAAAGGGUAUCAGUGAAGAUCAAAUGAAUGAAAUGAAGCGAGAAGAGAAGUUUAGAGAAAAAAAGUAAAAAGAACAAAGCCUCCAAGAAAUAUGGGACUAUGUUAAAAGACCAAAUCUACAUCUGAUUGGUGUACCUGAAAGUGAUGGGGAUGGAACCAAGUUGGAAAACACUCUUCAGGAUAUUAUCCAGGAGAACUUCCCCAACCUAGCAAGGCGGGUCAACAUUCAAAUUCAGGAAAUACAGAGAAUGCCACAAAGAUACCUCUCAAGAAGAGCAACUCCAAGACACGUAAUUGUCAGAUUCACCAAAGUUGAAAUGGAGGAAAAAAUGUUAAGGGCAGCCAGAGAGAAAGGUCGGGUUACCCACAAAGGGAAGCCCAUCAGACUAACAGCGGAUCUCUCGGCAGAAACUCUGCAAGCCAGAAGAGAGUGGGGGCCAAUAUUCAACAUUCUUAAAGCAAAGAAUUUUCAACCCAGAAUUUCAUAUCCAGCCAAACUAAGCUUCAUAAGUGAAGGAGAAAUAAAAUCCUUUACACACAAGCAAAUACUGAGAGAUUUUGUCACCACCAGGCCUGCCUUACAAGAGCUCCUGAAGGAAGCACUAAACAUGGAAAGGAACAACUGGUACCAGCCACUGCAAAAACAUGCCAAAUCGUAAAGGCCAUCAAUGCUAGGAAGAAACUGCAUCAACUAACAAGCAAAAUAACCAGAUAAUAUCAUAAUGACAGGAUCAAAUUCACACAUAACAAUAUUAGCCUUCAAUGUAAAUGGCUAAAUGCUCCAAUUAAAACACAUAGACAUGCAAAUUGGAUAAAGAAUCAAGAUCCAUCAGUGUGCUGCAUUCAGGAGACCCAUCUCACGUGCAGAGAUAUACAUAGGCUCAAAAUAAAGGGAUGGAGGAAUAUCUACCAAGCAAAUGGAAA